AUGUGUGAGGUGAUGCCCACAAUCAAUGAGGGGGACCCCCUGGGGCCCCCCCAUGGUGCCGAUGCCGACGCCAACUUUGAGCAACUGAUGGUGAACAUGCUGGAUGAGCGAGAGAAGUUGCUGGAGUCCCUUCGGGAGAGUCAGGAAACUUUGGUAGCCACUCAGAGCCGGCUCCAGGAUGCCCUUCAUGAGCGAGACCAGCUCCAGCGCCACCUGAACUCCGCCCUCCCCCAGGAAUUUGCCACUUUGACUCGGGAGCUAAGCAUGUGUCGGGAGCAGCUUCUGGAGCGGGAGGAAGAGAUAUCUGAGCUGAAAGCAGAACGGAAUAAUACAAGGCUGCUUCUGGAACAUCUGGAAUGUCUGGUGUCCCGCCAUGAGCGGUCGCUGCGGAUGACGGUGGUAAAGCGCCAGGCCCAGUCCCCUUCGGGUGUCUCCAGUGAGGUGGAGGUGCUGAAGGCCCUUAAGUCACUAUUUGAGCAUCACAAGGCCCUGGAUGAGAAGGUGCGAGAACGGCUCCGGGCAGCUCUAGAGCGGGUCACCACCUUAGAGGAGCAGCUGGCAGGAGCUCACCAGCAGGUAUCUGCCCUGCAGCAGGGGGCAGGAGUUCGAGAUGGAGUGGCCGAAGAAGAAGGGGCCAUGGAGCUGGGACCAAAACGCCUGUGGAAAGAUGACACUGGCCGGGUGGAAGAACUACAAGGACUCUUGGAGAAGCAGAACUACGAGUUGAGCCAGGCCCGUGAGCGACUGGUCACCCUGAGUGCAACUGUGACUGAGCUUGAGGAGGACCUGGGCACAGCCCGCCGAGACCUCAUAAAGUCUGAGGAGCUGAGCAGCAAGCAUCAGCGGGACCUCCGAGAGGCUCUUGCUCAGAAGGAGGACAUGGAAGAGCGGAUCACCACACUGGAGAAGCGCUACUUGGCUGCUCAGCGAGAAGCCACAUCUAUCCAUGACCUCAAUGACAAACUAGAGAAUGAGCUUGCUAACAAAGAGUCCCUGCACCGCCAGUGUGAGGAGAAGGCCCGGCACCUGCAGGAGCUCCUGGAAGUGGCUGAGCAGAAGCUGCAGCAGACAAUGCGUAAGGCAGAGACUCUGCCAGAGGUGGAGGCUGAGCUGGCUCAGAGGAUUGCAGCCCUCACCAAGGCUGAGGAACGUCAUGGCAACAUUGAGGAACACCUGCGGCAGCUGGAAGGGCAGCUGGAAGAGAAGAACCAGGAGCUGGCAAGGGUGCGUCAGCGGGAGAAGAUGAACGAAGACCACAACAAGCGACUGUCAGACACCGUGGACCGUCUGCUCAGUGAGUCCAAUGAACGCCUGCAGCUCCACCUCAAGGAACGGAUGGCUGCCCUGGAGGAGAAGGGCCCCCGGUUGGUACGGGAGUUGGAGAGCUCCCAGCGGGACACAGAAGAGCGGCACUACCACAGGGGCCGCCUGUCUGAAGAGAUUGAGAAGCUGCGCCAAGAGGUGGACCAACUGAAGGGCCGAGGGGGGCCGUUUGUGGAUGGCAUCCACUCCAGGUCACACGUGGGCAGUGCAUCAGAUGUGCGGUUCUCUCUGAGUACAGCCACACACACACCCUCAGGUCUCCAUCGGCGCUAUGCGGUGCUGAGGGACGAGUCUGCCAAGGACUGGAAGGCAUCACCACUGCCGGGGGUGUUGGCCACCACCACCACCUCUGCCUUUGACAGUGACCCUGAGAUCUCUGAUGUUGAUGAGGAUGAACCUGGGGGCUUGGUGGGCACUCAGGUUGAUGUCGUCUCACCUGGUGGCCACUCUGAUGCCCAGACCCUGGCCAUGAUGCUGCAGGAGCAGCUGGAUGCCAUCAACCAGGAGAUCAGGAUGAUCCAGGAGGAGAAAGAGUCCACUGAGCUUCGUGCUGAGGAGAUUGAGACCCGUGUGACCAGCGGCAGCAUGGAGGCCCUCAACCUGACACAGCUGCGCAAACGCGGCUCUAUCCCCACCUCUCUGACCGCCCUCUCCCUGGCCAGUGCAUCUCCUCCACUCAGUGGCCGCUCCACACCCAAGCUCACCUCUCGAAGUGCUGCCCAGGAUCUGGACCGAAUGGGGGUCAUGACCCUGCCCAGCGACCUAAGAAAACAUAGGAGGAAGCUACUGUCGCCAGUGUCUCGGGAAGAGAACCGAGAGGAUAAAGCCACCAUAAAAUGUGAGACUUCUCCUCCUUCCUCACCCAGGACGCUGCGACUAGAGAAACUUGGCCACCCAGCCCUGAGUCAAGAAGAAGGCAAGAGUGCCUUGGAGGGUCAGGACAGCAAUCCCAGCAGCAGCAACAGCAGCCAAGACUCGCUGCACAAGGGUGCCAAGCGCAAGGGCAUCAAGUCAUCCAUUGGCCGUCUGUUUGGGAAGAAGGAGAAGGGCAGGCUGAUCCAGCUGAGCCGGGAUGCCACAGGCCAUGUUCUGCUAACAGACUCGGAGCUCAGUCUUCAGGAACCACUGGUACCUGCCAAGCUUGGGACCCAGGCAGAGAAGGACCGGCGACUGAAAAAGAAACACCAGCUGCUUGAAGAUGCUCGCCGAAAAGGAAUGCCCUUUGCUCAAUGGGAUGGCCCCACGGUGGUCUCCUGGCUGGAGCUCUGGGUAGGAAUGCCUGCCUGGUAUGUGGCGGCCUGCCGGGCCAAUGUCAAGAGUGGUGCCAUCAUGUCCGCCCUGUCGGACACAGAGAUCCAGCGGGAAAUCGGCAUCAGCAAUGCCCUGCACCGGCUCAAGCUCCGCUUGGCCAUCCAGGAGAUGGUGUCACUGACUAGCCCCUCAGCCCCGCCUACCUCCAGGACUUCUUCAGGGAAUGUCUGGGUGACCCAUGAAGAGAUGGAAACUCUGGCAACAUCUACCAAAACAGACAGUGAGGAGGGCAGCUGGGCCCAGACCCUGGCCUACGGAGACAUGAAUCACGAGUGGAUUGGAAAUGAAUGGCUGCCCAGCCUGGGCCUCCCUCAGUACCGCAGUUACUUCAUGGAGUGCCUGGUAGACGCACGCAUGCUGGAUCACCUCACCAAGAAGGACCUGCGGGUCCACCUCAAGAUGGUGGACAGUUUUCAUCGAACCAGUCUCCAGUAUGGCAUCAUGUGUCUGAAGAGGCUGAAUUAUGACCGGAAGGAGCUGGAGAAGAGGCGGGAGGAGAGUCAGCAUGAGAUCAAGGAUGUGCUGGUCUGGACCAAUGACCAGGUGGUUCACUGGGUCCAGUCUAUUGGGCUGAGGGACUAUGCAGGAAAUCUACACGAGAGCGGUGUGCACGGUGCUCUGCUGGCCCUGGAUGAGAACUUCGAUCACAACACCCUGGCCUUGGUUCUGCAAAUCCCCACACAGAACACCCAGGCCCGUCAAGUGAUGGAGAGAGAGUUCAAUAACCUGUUGGCUUUGGGCACAGACAGGAAGUUGGAUGACGGGGAAGAGAAGGUGUUCCGUCGAGCACCCUCCUGGAGGAAACGCUUCCGGCCACGGGAUCACCACAGUGGUGGCAUGCUGGGCACCUCGGCAGAGACCCUCCCAGUGGGCUUCCGUGUAUCCACGCUGGGUCCUCUGCAGCCCCCACCCCCUCCGCCCAAGAAGAUCAUGCCUGAAGCUCACUCCCACUAUCUCUACGGACACAUGCUCUCCGCCUUCCGGGACUAGCCAUGGCCC